UCAUCAACACAAAACGCCAUGGAUUCCAAGGAUAUGGGUUCAAUGGACUCGACGUCGCCCGGCACUCCCUCGCCCGCGACUCCCCUCACCGCAAACGGAUCUUCUUCAAGAAGGCCGCCACGCAAGAGCACUCUCACCCAACAACAAAAGAACCAGAAGAGACAACGCGCUACCCAAGAUCAGCUAAUCACCUUGGAGAUGGAGUUCAACAAGAACCCCACCCCCACCGCCGCUGUCCGUGAGAGAAUUGCAGACGAGAUCAACAUGACUGAGAGAUCAGUGCAGAUUUGGUUCCAGAACAGACGUGCCAAGAUCAAGAACAUUGCGAGAAAGAGCAUUGAAAAUGGCGAGGACUGCGAGAGCAUCCCUGAGUCAAUGCGCCGCCAUCUUGCCAUGCAAGCCCUCGAGUCCGGCAAGGGAUUCUUCCCUAACCUGAUGGGCCCUACCAGCAAUGGCUAUGCAUACACUCCCGGCACCAUGAGUCUCAACUCCGAUGCCGGCACCGGCAAAGUUGUCAUCCAACACUUUGCAUGUCGUUCGCUCUCGAUUGGAUCCUGGCGCAGAGUCGGCCAGAGUCAGAUGGAUCUGAUCAUCUUCUACUCACCGGAAAAGGCAUGUGUCACAUACUACAUUAACAACGAUUCGGCUGGCUACAAGAUUGAGUACCCUUUCGCUUGGAUUAAAAACAUCAACCUUGUUCAGGGUGAGGUCACAAGCGCUGCAGAGGGCGCUUCACAAAGACUCGGCGCACUGGUCGUCGAGUUGGUCCGUCCUCCCAAGUUCUACAUGGACAGCUCAGGUAGCGGCGGCUUCUACGAGUGCGGCGAUUUCACCGAGGACCAGCAAGCUAGCAAGGUUAUGGUUCACCAGCUUGGUGGCCCCUCCAAGGCUCUCAGUGGUCAAUUGGCUAAGCUCGUGUCCCUCGACUCUUUCCAGAACCGCCACGCACUGCUUGAUCCCACUCACUUUGCCAUGGCUGCUGCUUCGGCUCCUGUCUCGCCUGUCAACUUCAGACCCGCAAGUCAGCCUAACCACUUGGUGCACCCUCACUCAGGUGUCUUCCAAGACUCCGCCAUUGGUCUCAUGGGCCCGCCUGCCCCUCGUGGUCACAAGAGACAGCGCAGUCGUUCCGUGCCUGCUGCCAUUGAUCUCUCGAUGCUCAGAAACAACCCUAUGCCUUCAUUCCUCAUCCAACAUGAGCCCAACACUCCCGCUCAGCCUCUGCAAGACAACGCUAUCUUCGCUCCUCAGCCUCAGCAUCAUCAUGGCUUCUCGGCAGGCAUGGGCCCCAACAAUCUCAGCAUCGAUACUUCUGCUGGCUACGGUAUGGACUUCAGACAGUUCGCUGGGCCAAUGUCUGCCACUACUCUUAACUCUCCUAGCGAUUUCGGCACUCCUGGCUUCUUCAACCCUGGUCCUACCAGCGACAUGAUGGCCCACUCCAACCUCAACACCCCUUACUCGAGCUCUUUCCUCUCUGUCGACCCAUCUGCUAUGAUUGGUACCAGCAACACACCCGUUUCUUGCCUCAGCGGAGGCGAUCCUGUUAUCGCAGACCAAUCACCACCUCUUACCGGUCUUGGCCGCAGCCAGUCAGAUGACAUCUUCAACACGCCUGGAGGUGACAAUGGUCUGAGCGACGAUGCGCUUUGCCUUUCGUCCGAUGUGUACAGCAAGUCAAUGGGUAUGGGUUUCCACAGCCCUCUUCCUGAUGAGCACUUG